AUGGCCUCGCUCUGGCAAGCGCCGGAAGUUAACCCCAUUACCAAAAAGGCCAGAUCUGUUCCCUUUUUCAACCCAAUCGAUCAAUAUGGGAGGGUGUUCUUCUUCUCCUGGUUUGGUUUCCUCCUUGCGUUCUGGUCCUGGUAUGCCUUCCCGCCUCUCCUCCAUGAUGUUAUCAUGAAGGAUCUCGGUCUCACCAAGAUCCAAGUCCAAAACUCAAACAUCGUUGCUCUGGCAGCAACACUCGGUGUACGCCUCAUCGCUGGUCCUGCUUGUGAUCGGUUCGGACCUCGCAAGACCUUCGCUGGAUGUCUCUUGAUUGGUGCUAUACCAACCUUCCUUGCUGGAACGGUGUACAAUGUCGGCCAGCUAUAUGCUUGCAGAUUCUUCAUCGGUAUUUUGGGAGGCAGUUUCGUGCCAUGUCAAGUCUGGACUACUGGCUUCUACGACAAGAACAUCGUCGGCACCGCCAAUUCAUUGACAGCCGGUCUCGGUAACGCAGGAGGAGGCAUUACAUACUUUGUUAUGCCUGCCAUCUACGACAGCCUGCACCUCGACCGCGGAUUGUCUCCACAUGUAGCCUGGCGCGUGACGUUCAUCGUUCCUGGAAUCAUCAUCACGGCUGUCGCAAUCGCGCUGCUAUUUUGCUGCCAAGACACCCCGACUGGAAAGUGGGCGGACAGACACCAAGUCGCAGAACACAGCCUUAGAGAGCACGGUCUCGACGGUGCCAUUGUUGAUAUCCCAGGUCAUGUCAACGACCUCAAGAGCAAUGAUUCCGACUCGGGUUCUGGAACUGCCACACCCAUGAAUGUCGCAGACGAGGAGAAGAAGCUGCCCCAGACUCGUGGUGUCUUCGCCGAAAAUGAAGCGCAGAUGGGAGAGCAGCAGAUGCUCGACACCGUUCGCAGCGAAGUUGUCCAGAAGCCAUCCCUGACGCAGAUUCUUCGUGUCAGCUUCUCGCCAUCUGUUCUUGCGUUAGGCGCAGCUUACUUUUGCACAUUCGGCGCAGAGCUCGCGGUCAACUCCAAUUUGGGCAACUACUAUCAAAACCAGUUCCCGGCUUCGCAGAAAGCAGAUGCAAGCAACUGGGCAGCGAUGUUCGGACUCAUGAACGUCGUCUUCCGACCACUUGGCGGCGUCGUCGCAGACAUCGCAUAUGGUUAUACAAAAAGCGUGUGGGUGAAGAAGGCUCUUCUCCACAGCUACGCAUUCAUUACCGGCGCGUUCCUCAUCGCCAUCGGCCAGGUGCGCUUCAAGGACGUCACAAGUCUAGUGUGCUUGAUUGGCGUGGGCAUGGCCUUCUUCUUGGAGGGAGCCAACGGAUUGACUUUUGCGGUCGUUCCUCAUGUUCACCCGUCAGCAAAUGGUGUCGUGUCCGGAUUCGUGGGCGCUUGCGGCAAUCUGGGAGGAAUCAUGUUCGCGUUGGUCUUCCGAUAUUUCCCUGCGGAUUACAACCAGGCCAUGUGGAUAAUAGGGGUGGUGAUCAUGGCGCUGCAGGCUGUUACGUUCUGGAUACCGCCCCUUUCGAAGAAUCAGAUUGGUGGGCGAUAG